AUGGAGAUUCCAGAGCAAACAGGUGGGGCCCUGUUUUCAGUGGACCUCAACUCAACCUCUCUAUUCACGUCUUCCCUCUCUUCACCCUUUCUGCUCUUCUCCAACGUGUCCUCUAACUUUUCAACGCAGAGUGUUCCUUUCCAGGGCAGCAGCACCCUGGUGACAGCAGUCAUCUCCUUAACGGUCUUUGUGUUGGGGAUGACCGGGAACACGCUGGCCAUCUACGUGGUGCUGCGCUACGCCAAAAUGAAGACCGUCACCAACAUCUACAUCUUCAACCUGGCCGUGGCCGACGAGCUCUAUAUUGUAGGGCUUCCCUUCCUCACCACGCAGAAUGUGCUCUCCUACUGGCCCUUCGGCUCCUUUCUGUGCCGAGUUGUCAUGACGGCGGACUCCAUGAACCAGUUUACGUCCAUCUUCUGCCUGACGGUGAUGUCCAUCGACCGCUACCUGGCCGUGGUUCAUCCCAUCAGCAGCACCAAGUGGCGACACCCCCGUAUGGCCAAGGUGGUGAGCGUAGCUGUGUGGGCCGUGUCCUUUGUGGUGGUCCUUCCCGUUGUCUUCUUCUCAGAUGUCCAGGACACAUUUAACUCCUGUAACAUGAUCUGGCCCGAGCCCAAGGACGUGUGGUCCACAGCCUUCAUCCUCUACACCGCCACGCUCGGCUUCUUUGGACCGCUGCUCGUCAUUUCCGUUUGUUACCUGCUCAUCAUUGUCAAGGUGAAGUCCGCAGGGGCAAGGGUCGGCUUCACUAAGCGCCGCCGUUCGGAGCGCAAGGCGACGCGGAUGGUGGUGGUGAUCGUGGUGGUGUUUGUGUUUUGCUGGCUGCCUUUCUUCAUCAUAAACAUAGUCAACCUGGUGGUCAUCAUCCCGGAGUCCAGCGUCACCGCUGGCAUCUAUUUCUUCUCUGUCAUCCUGUCAUACGCCAACUCUUGCGCCAACCCGCUGCUGUAUGGCUUCCUGUCCGACAACUUCAAGCAGAGCUUCAAAAAGGUGCUGUGUGUGAGGAGCCUGAGACGCAAGACCAAUGGUGUAGAGGACGAGGAUCACAGUGCCCCUCGCACUGAGAAGAUCCUCACACAGGAAAGCUCCUUCCUGUCUCCCCAUAAUCCCAAUUACCCCAAUCCUCAAUGUGGCCAGGGUGUCCAGUUGGAGGCUGCCCCUAACCCAGAGGUGGAGCUGAGCCCCUCAGGGCUGACAAUGGUGUCUCCUCAACCUCGAGCCUCAACUACCUCUCACGCUGUGAUGGCGGUCCUGCACUCUUCUUCCGCUGCUCAUUGCUCUCCCUCCUCUGGCCUGGGAAUUGGAUCCAGCAUUGCCAAUGUAACCUCCACAGUGACCUCCAAGGCAGCCUUCAUGGUGAUCACAGCCGAGCCGUCCACUUUUGCUGCCGUGACUAACAACCCCUCCUUAGCCUCCGUAGGCCGACAGCAACCCGGCAAGUGA